GGAAGUUCUUUCUGCGGAUGCUCGCCGCGUUUGUGUUGUUGGGUGCUCUUGGAUGUGGUUCGGAGUUUAGCUAUUUAGUUGAAAAGGCAACGGUUGUAUCGACAUAUUCAUUCGAAAGUAACGUUUUGAUUUGAAAUUGAGUAAAAAGAAAUGAUAGAACAGAAGAAGAGGAAGGGAGUAGGGCCAACGGAGAUGGCUCUGGUUCCGACGAACAAGAGACCAAGAAAUGAGCUGGUGGCCGCGGCUCAGUCCCAGCAGCUCAUGCAGAUGGGCCCCCCACGAAGUUCCAGUUUGCAGGCUCCUAUCAUGCUUCUCAGUGGCCAUGAGGGAGAGGUCUACUGCUGCAAGUUUCACCCCAAUGGGGCCACGCUGGCAUCCGCAGGCUACGACAGGCUGAUCUUGCUAUGGAGUGUUUAUGGGGAUUGUGACAAUUACGCCACUCUGAAAGGCCACAGUGGAGCCGUCAUGGAGUUGCAUUAUAACACAGAUGGCAGCUUGCUCUUCUCAGCCUCCACAGACAAGACAGUGGCCGUGUGGGACAGCGAGACAGGGGAGCGGAUCAAGAGGCUGAAAGGGCACACGUCGUUCGUGAACUCCUGUUACCCAGCCAGACGAGGGCCGCAGGUGGUCUGCACAGGCAGCGAUGAUGGCACAGUUAAACUUUGGGACAUUCGGAAGAAGGCAGCUGUGCACACCUUCCAGAACACGUACCAGGUCCUGGCUGUCACCUUCAAUGACACCAGCGACCAGAUCAUCUCAGGAGGGAUUGACAAUGACAUUAAGGUGUGGGACCUGCGGCAGAACAAGCUGAUAUACACCAUGCAGGGACACGGGGACUCUCUGACUGGCCUGAGCCUCAGCUCGGAAGGCUCCUACCUGCUCUCCAACUCCAUGGACAACACAGUUCGAGUCUGGGAUGUCCGCCCAUUCGCACCAAAGGAAAGGUGUGUGAAAAUAUUCCAAGGAAAUGUUCAUAACUUUGAAAAGAAUCUUUUGAGGUGCUCAUGGUCCGCUGAUGGAAGCAAGAUUGCCGCAGGCUCAGCAGACAGGUUUGUGUAUGUGUGGGACACCACUUCCCGGAGAAUCCUGUACAAGCUGCCUGGCCAUGCUGGCUCUGUCAACGAAGUGGUCUUCCACCCCGAGGAGCCCGUUGUUCUUUCAGGGUCAAGUGACAAGCGGCUGUACAUGGGAGAGAUCCAGUAGAGGACGCAGGGAAAUCAACACCUUGUUUCUGCUUUGGAGUCAAACCACUCAACCUCAUUGAAUAACUUGGCCAGGCAUGUCUCUAGUGCUGUCCUGGGAUAUGUGCUUUCUACAAUCAAGCCACAUGGCUUAUAUCAUGCCAGCAAAACGGUCUUUAGACUGGCUUCGCUGGAAUUGACACCUCCUGCACAGUCAUGAGGAUAAUCCAAACAGAAGUUGACCCCUUUUGUAAAAUAAUUUCUUUUGUGAAGGCUGCCACAGAGCGCGUAAGAAAUUUGUAUGAUUUUCCCCGAAAGUAUUUUAAGAGGUGUUUUAAACAACAGCCUGUAAUAAUGGGCAGGCAGGAUUCCGGAUUCCAUAACUUGAAUGAUAGCAGUCUUUAAUCACAUGAACAGUCUAUUCCAGCAUUAUAAAGUGGAAGAGAUUGAAAAACUAUUUUUACUGUCAUAUGCCUUACAGUUAGGUGGCAUGUGAUGUGAGUUAACUGGAACAGAGUGUUGCAUGGUUUCGUUCAAGCUGUCUGAAGGUGGCUCCAAUUAAUUCUCCACUGUGUACGUUGUGACUACCAAUGUUUCCUGUCGAUACGUAAACACUGUCAAACUGUAUUUUAUGUGAAAUGACAGUCAUUUCAAUUUAAAAAAUUAAAAGAAUGGAAUUCAAGUGAAAAAAA